AAUUUUUAUUCCACCUGCAUUUAUUUACAUCCAACUACAACUCAGCCACGAAACAUAUGCUCAUUUUAAUCAAAAUAUCACAGCACUAAGGAGCUACUAGAGUGUUCUGCUGCUGCUCCAUUCUCCUCAUCGUCGUCGUUGUCAGCUGAACUGGGUCGAGCCCCGGCAACGAAAACAGUGUUCCGGCCAUGUUCUGGCCUUGUUAUAUAAUAUUGUGUUUGCAUGAUGGUGUUCCUACUAACCAAUAGGGUUCGUGAAUUGAUUUCCUCAAUGUUGAGGUGCCUUCCUUCACUGUCAAGACCACCUGCUGACACUAAAGGGAAAGAAGACAAGACGCUAGUGGAUGCUGGUCCUUCUGUUGUUGUGCCCCGACUGACACUCAGACCAACCGCUCAUACUACACCUGAGCCGCCACCCACCGAGCCCCCUGCCUUGGCUUCCCCACUGGCACAGACAGCAGAUGAGGACAUAAACAGUUGGAGCUGCUCGCAUCAUCAGAAGAUUUGGAUGAGGACAGAACUCCAGUCUCUGGGACUGUGGCCUGGGUUCCAACAUAUGCUCAAGCCAGGGCCUGCGCUUUCAAUAUGGCGUCUCCCCCCACAGCCUGAACUCAUGGACACGGUGUCAACUCUCCAGUCCCGCAACCUCUUCCAGCUCCAUCCGUUUUUUAUCUGGAAACCUGAGAGCGGCAUAAUGGUGAGGCUGAGGGAUAAUUAUGUACUCCCUUGCCUUCACGGUUGUCCAAAGCCAGACGUUGUCUCAGCCGGUGUGGGAAGGCCUCGAGUGAUUGUCGGCACCAACAGACAAUACUACAUCUUUGCUUCGCGACUUUGCUGCAAGAUGUGUAAGCGGAUGUGGUUUGCCGACAGUCCUCGGUGGCUGGACAAACUGCCAAAGCGCUUCACAAACAUUGUGCCAGCAUUCCUGACUUACAAGAAGGCCUUUUGUAAGUCUGUGCUUCAUGAGCUGAGGCGCACUGGCAAGUCGCCUUCUGACAUGGCUAACCAGGUGAACAAACUGCUGCAUCUCAAGUAUGAACGAGCUCGACUGGCAUACCUCUGCAGCAUUCAGAACACCUGGGACGCCGAGGCUGGGGUUUGUGGGAAGGAAGACGCGCCACUGUCUUUUGGAGCCUAUGAUGACGCGGAUGGAUGGUGUGGAGUCUCUGUCUCUGCCUCCUACUUAUCAGACUGCCUCACUGAUGAGUGCAAGCUCCUGCAGCGCACUUCUGGACAGGUCUUACGCUCUGACCACACCAGGAAGGAUGACUCACUGGUUCCUGUAUCUCCCCCCCCUGGCCCGACACCAUCCGCAAACCUGACCCCGUCAACUCCUGCACCUGUGGCCCAGCUCCCCCAGCUUCAACCUGCUGAGAGCCAUAAUGUACAGCCGAUGUCCAAAGGAAGCACGGGACAUCCAGCUAUAAAGGAAACCUCACCUCUGCCACUGGAGACACAGAAGCCGUGGCAAACUGGGGGAAGUGAGACUGUCCAUGUCCCCGUUGUGGUGCUGCCACCAGCCACUGUCAAUCCAGUCGAUCCGGACCAUGUGCCACCUGAAAAGCCAUUGGCAGAGGACAAAGUACAGAAAAUGUUACAGGACAUAUUGCAGCAGCAGCAGCAGUUUCAGCAACAGCUACAACAGGUACAGCUGCCGCGGCAGGAGCAGCAAGAAAAGCCCCGGCAGACCAAAACAUGUCGUGCGUGUGGGCAGCCGAUGUCACGCCACCAAAAUGAUGGAUCGUCGGUCCAUCAUUUUUACCAACAAGGCCCUACACGCUACCACUACUGCUCCACAAAGGUCUUCCAGAGGUACUCUGCAGAGGGCCUGACAGACUCCAGGAUGCCCUUUGAAGCGUUUGCUCAGACCGCAUUCUUUCGGCGUGAGCUGCAGCUGACGAAGGGCAGAGUGGAGGAAAAGGCUGCCAAGAGGAGGAAACUGAUGGAACCUGUGGCUCCUCAAACGCAGGGUAGAAUGUGCCGCUUCUGCCAUACGGCGCUGAAGCAGAGCCCCCACAGCAAACAUAUCCACACGGGGUUUCCUGGAGUGGCGGGUAAGUACAUUUACUGCCCUCUGAAAGUCCUUAACCUCUACAGACCACAAGGUAUGCUGAAAGAAAUGACAUGGAGGGAAUUCCAGGCCUCACCCUUUUAUGCCAUGGAAAAGGAGAGGUGGACAGUGGAGAGAAAAAAAUAGAACAUGUUGGAUGUAAUCCUCUCACCAUAACCCUAACCACAAACACAAGGAACAGAUUUACAGACUUACAUGUUCUGUACAGGUGGACUCUGUCAUUGGUUGUGGGGAAGGAGUGUCUCAAUUGUGUUUUGUGCUUGUGUUGUGUGCACAAUGUUAUGUUUCAUUUUUGAAGGAUAAAAAAAAAAGGUUAAACUUG